AUGUCUUUCUUUGGCUUCGAUACCAAUCUCCCUCGGGAUCGCCAACAGGGUGGUUCCGCGCGGGGAUUUUUCGAGAACCCGGAUCCCUUCGCGGAGGUAGCUCGUGCGCAAGCACAGGAUGAUGACGAUGGAAUCGAUUUCGAGGACACUUACGACGGCCUCGGCGAUCAACUGGACGAUGACCAGGACGCCUUCAAUGACGACACCUUCGGCGGUGCGGAUGCUGGAACGAAUUCUGGAGGCCAGGUCGGCCGUGACUUUGACUUCUUCGGAACCACAGCCAAGGUCGCCGAUGUGAUCGGUGAAGAGCAGGUCCGCUAUGCGCUGCAGAAUCCAUCUGCGGCCCCAUUGGCGGCCCAGCAGCAUGCGAAUAGCCAGGCUUCCAUGCCGACGGGCGGCACCACUGCGGCGACGACCACCACAUCCACCAAGCGCUCUGGAUACGAGAAAUAUUCGGAUCCGGAUUUUAUUCCCGAUCUGCAAGCAAAGUCGAGCGUUUGGGGCAUCUCGCAGAAGAAGCCCGACCCGACCCCAGCCAUGUCUCGGAGACCGAUGAUGAGCUUGGAAGAGGUCGAGGCUCAGAUGCGCCAACGCUCCCAGCCCGGGCCGAUGAUCCACCCUCAUUCGAUGCCACAGCACCCGGGUGAACCGCCGUACCUUCCCGCAUCUCAGUUCCCACAGGGUGUGCCCGAGGGCUUCCCCGCGAUUCCCCCAGAGUAUUUGCGAGCGGCGAUCGAGAAGGGCGUGCUUCCCCCCGGCAUGCCCGGCCUCCCCCCUGGAAUCCCUGAGCUUCAUGGCGCCCCCGUCAUGUCGGGUCCUCCGCCGAUGCACAUGCCGCCGCAGAAUCUUCCUCAGCAGGGUCCCCGCCAUGCUGGUCCGCCCCAAGGCCAGCGAGGGCAGCAGAUGCCACCCCCACCGGCUCGCGGGCCAAAUGGGGGCCUGCCUGUCAUUACCAACCCACAGCAACUCAUGCACCUGACGGAAGAACAACGCAACGCUUACUUGGUCGAGGAUGCCAAACGGGCAAAGCGCAACCACAAGAUUUUCCUUCUUUCGCGCGGUAACGGCUUGAUGACACCCCAGGACAAAAACUUCAUUACCCGUAUCCAGCUGCAACAGCUUGUGGCUGCCGCCGGCAAUGUGGCCGAUGCUGACGCCGAAGCAGUGCUCGCUGAGGACUUCUACUACCAGGUCUACAGUCAAAUUCGCGGUGCGCCGCGUCAACACCCGCAUCAGCCUCUCGGACACUUUGCUCAGACCUACUUGCUGCAAACUGGAAAUCGACUGGGUGGGCACGGCAACCGCCGCGCUUUCCAGAGCGCCGAUAAUCACAUGCAGCGUAUGCAGCAGCAGGUUCAGCGGGCGGUGGAAGCCGCAAAGGCGAAGCCCAAGAACAAACAGCUCAUCAUCGAGGGUAGUUUGGGAAAGAUCUCCUUCAGCAAUGCCAAGGCACCCAAACCCAUGCUUAACAUCAAGCGGCCAGACAGUUCCGAAGGCCCCCGACCGAAGAAGGUGCAAUCAGAUCUCAGUCUCAGCGACCGCAAAUCCAUCUUGACGAACAUUGAGAGCGUCUACAGUGCCCUGAUGGCUAUGGAGGACAUGGAGCGCACGAUGCCACCACCCCCCGAGGAGGGCGACGCCGAAGCAAUUCAGGCACACAUGGAAUGGCGGCAAAAGGUCCACUCGUUGAACCAGAAGCUGUGGCGCGCUCUCAAAGUGAUGGAGCCUAUCGUCCCCAACUCCACUACCCCUCAUCCGUUCAUCGCGUUCCUCUCUUACCCGAAAGGCAAGAAGGCCAUCCCUCGUAUCUUCCGUCACAUUGAUCAGGAGCAACGGGUCACCAUCCUGACCAUGAUUGUUGUCCAUUUGGAUAGCUUGGAUGUCGUGCGUCUUGCGCAGCCCGUCCCCGGCGAGGCUCAACCGUCCCUUGCGGUGCGCGAAUCCAUUGACCUCUUCUCCCUCGCGGUCAUGCCGAGCUUGUUGGGCUACGUGAAUGAAGCCCCAUUCAACAUUAUCAUCGGACUCCUCGGACUGGUGAUUGCGCAGACCCACGUGCAAACGGUGGCUCGCACCAAGGUUGGUCUCGGCAUCCUCACUAUGCUGCUCAGUCGGGCCGAGAUUGUGAAGGAGGCUGGCCAGGCUGCCGAGCGAGACUGGCAGCAAUGGGUGGAGAAAUUCAAUAUCUUGUUCGACACGCUGGAACCCGGCCUUGCCGACAUUUUCCCCGGUGCCAUCAACACCGGAGACGACAUGUAUGUGUGGCAGUUCCUUGCUGCCGUCGGUAUCGGUGCUAGUCCAGAGCAACAGCAGCGUCUGGUCAUUGCUGUGAAGGACCGGGUUAUGGAGACGGUUGGCUACAGUAAGACACUGCCUGCUGAUAUGGCCAGCCAGCGAUUGGGUAACGUCAAUUUGUUCAUGAGGGCCAUUGGACUUGACGUGGAACUUCUUGGUUGA